AGACGAAAGUAACAGCACCCAGGAAGCCGCGGAUAGCGAGGAGAGGCACAAGUCAUAGGAUCCAUCUAGAACUGGCGACGACAUGAGCCAUUUUGCAAGGCAUGGUUUCGAAGGCUCCAAGGCGAACAUGGGGACAUCGUGGGAAACAGCGGUUAGGGAAUGCCAUGGCAGCAGACGUCAGUCCACUUUGCUCGCUGGUGAUGGGAGAGGACGUUUCCAACGCGUAUGAUUUACCGGAAGUCGGGAGAGUCGGCAGUAUCUCCAUUGAGGUUUGGCUCACCGCCGCUGCUAUCGUCUCGUCGUGGGUCUGUGGGGAGCUGGCGAAGGGGGUGGAUUUAGGAAUCGAGAUGUUCCAAAUGCUCGCUUACCUUACUCAGGGAGGGAGGGGGUCUACUUGGACGACAGAAGAGGGAAGGCCGAGACAACUCCAGACGGCAAAGCUCACCCCUGGCUGUGUUUCGUCUUGGGAGCGAAUCGAAGCCUAUUUGUCGUUGUUGUCGUGCAUGUUCCUGUCAUCUGCAGAGGCCAUGCCGGCUGCCGGCGCUUUGAUAAGAGCCUCCUACGAGUUUAGCAUGGGUGCUAUACGGUAUCGUUAUAGGCCUGAGGGUCAAAUCCCACGGUACCAAAGACAGGUCCUUAAGGGGGUAAUCUUUACUUUUCGCUUGCUGGUAUUUCUCAUGUUGAAAGAAGUGCCGGCCGGGAGCGCCAUGUCGAAAUGAGCCGGAGAUGUGAGACCUGGAAUACAGGAGAUGCCAUAGAGA